AUGAGAAGCGCUGCUGUUCGAGCGCUACGAAACGCCAGAAAUGUCUCCAAGCGAUCGAUAGUACCGUCCCGAUCAUACGCAACAGCACGAGACCCAAAGCAAAAAGAUCCUGUGGAACUCGACCAGAUCACAACUCUGCCAAAUGGCGUGCGUGUAGCGACCGAGUCUCUGCCAGGACCUUUCUCCGGCGUCGGAGUCUAUAUUGAUGCUGGAUCACGUUAUGAAGAUGAAUCGCUUCGUGGUUGCUCCCACAUCAUCGACCGUCUAGCUUUCAAGUCAACCAAAGAACGAACAGGCGACCAGAUGUACGAAGCACUUGAAUCCUUGGGAGGCAAUAUACACUGUGCUUCCAGCAGAGAGGCACUGAUGUACCAGAGUGCUACCUUCAAUUCCGCCGUUCCAACUGUCACCGCAUUGCUAGCCGAAACGAUACGUGAUCCGAAUAUCACAAAUGAAGAGGUUGACCAACAACUCGAUACUGCAGCAUAUGAGAUCAACGAGAUAUGGAGCAAGCCGGAUCUGAUAAUUCCAGAAUUGCUUCAUAUGGCGGCAUACAAGGACAAUACAUUAGGAAACCCAUUGCUAUGCCCGCGGGAACGAUUGCCGUACAUUAAUGGACCUCUGAUCGAGAAAUACAGAGAUCGCUUCUACAAACCCGAAAGAAUCGUCGUUGCAUUUGCUGGCGCCAAACACGAGGACUCUGUCAAGUUGGUCGAGAAAUAUUUUGGUGACAUGAAAAGCAGCACGUCUCAGCAAGCACAGCCCCAAGUUCAUAACAUGACCUUCCCACAACAGCAAAUGUCAGGUGGCUCGAAGACUCUGUCCAGGCUUCCUGGCUUCAACAAUUUCUCCACCUCCGCUCCUCAUCAGGCGACCGUCAGUCCGCUCGACCCUUCGUUGCUCCAGCCUGCACCAGAACUUGACCUAAACCGCCCGAGUCACUAUACUGGUGGCUACCUCGCUCUACCUCCUCUACCAAUACCUCAAAACAACCUCAGCAGAGCCCUCUCACAUAUUCACAUCGCUUUCGAAGCGCUUCCCAUCUCAAGUCCUGAUAUUUACGCUCUUGCAACUCUUCAAACACUACUAGGUGGUGGAGGCUCUUUCUCCGCUGGCGGCCCCGGAAAGGGAAUGUACAGUCGUCUGUACACAAACGUCCUCAACCAGCACGGCUGGGUAGAAUCCUGCGUGGCUUUCAACCACAGUUACACUGAUAGUGGUCUCUUUGGCAUCGCCGCUGCCUGCGAACCCGGCAAGGUUGGAAUCAUGGUCGAUGUCAUCUGCCGCGAAUUGCAACACCUCUCCUUAGAAAGUGGAUACACCAGCCUACAAGCCGGAGAAGUCAACCGAGCAAAGAACCAAUUGCGCUUCUCUCUACUCAACAACCUCGAAAGUCGCCCUGUUGAGCUCGAAGAUCUUGGUCGCCAAGUCCAGGUUCAUGGGCGCAAGGUUGGUGUGAAAGAGAUGUGUGCGAAUAUUGAUGCAGUCACUAUUCCCGACCUGCGGAGGGUGGCCAAGCAAGUCUUUUCUGGCGCUGUUCACAACGUGGGCAAGGGUACUGGUGCACCUACAGUCGUAGUACAGGAGAGCGAGGACCCGUCUGGAAGAAAGAGACCACAGAUCGCGUGGGAAGACGUACAGCAAAGGAUAAGCAGGUGGCAUUUAGGAAGAGCUCAUUCGUGA